UUUUGGUAUUAUUUCAAAUAAAUCGUUCGAGAUAUUUUUGUUAAAGUUGGCAAAUAAAAGAAACUGUGGUAUUAUGCGAGUCAUUUUGGAGUAAAGAAGUAAGUAGAAAGAGAAUAAUAUGGUUUGCAUAAGUGAGGUGAGGGAGAGAAAUAUGAACCACCAGAAAUGGAUCACAAAAUCCAGCACGCCCAUGGAUUCAAUCAACUCCAGAUUCGAAAUCACAAACUCAUAACUGAAAAACGAGAAUGAUAGGCGCGCAAUAUACCUUUCAAUCGCGCACUUUCAGCCGGAUUUGCAUGACGCAAUCUUCCGAUGACGACGGACUGGCGCCGGCGGACCAGUUCAGGCCGCUUCAGUCCGUCUUCCGGCGCCGCCUCCUCACGGGAGUCGGCGCCGCUUCUCUGCUCGCCGUCGGCGCGAAUUUCGGCGGAGUGACGAGCUUCCUCUUGGGCUUCACGCCGGGGGCUGCUCGGAGCCUCAGGCUCGACGCCCUCUACCCCGUCGGCGGCUACAGCCGAUACAUAGAUACCGAUGAAGGAUUUGGUCAAAUUUGUGUAUCCGGAGAGGUGGUUGGGGGAUCAGACAUUGUUGUAUAGAGCAGCUGGAAAGGCGGAAAGGUCGCUGGAUCCUCCUCCCUUGAGCGGCGGCGGUGCGCGGCGGCGCAAUGUGAAUGAGCCUGUGGUGGCGUUUGGGCCGCCGGGAUCAACCGGAGAGCUCAAUGUCAGCGUUAUUGUGUCGCCUGUCCCCAUUGAUUUCUCGAUUGAGGCAUUUGGAGGAGCUAACGACGUGGGAGAAGCGUUCAUCCGAAGCAUCACAAGAUCAGGCAAAGCUGCAGACUUGAAGGGGACAUUGACAGGAACCAGUUUGAGAGAGGAUGCAGAGAGAAAUGUCAAGUAUUAUGAGCUUGAGUUCGGGGUUGAAAGCUCGAUUUUCAGGCGCCAUAAUCUCGCCGUCUGCUGUGCUAGGAAGGGAAGAUUGUUUACUUUGAAUGCGCAGGCGCCGGAAUCUGCUUGGCCUCACUUUAAAUCACAGCUUCAUACAAUUGCUGCCUCUUUUAACGUAGUCUGAUCUUUGAGUUAUUAAGACUUGAGAGAGACUAUGCUUUUUUUUCAUUUUCUUUUACUUAAAAGUGUGUAAUACUGUUAUGUUUGUUAAAUGAGAAUCAAAUUAUAAUGUGCUGUUGAGGAAUGAAA